AUAUGUUGUUUCGUGUUCUCUUGUAUAAAUUUAAACCAUAACAGUAAUCAAGUCCGAACUCUCAACCACAUAGAAAAGGAUUUCAGUUCAGGAAAUGGCUAUGGCAUCCACAAUAACGACAAGAACUGCUCUCUCACAGUUUCAACGGCUCCAUAUCCCCAAAAAGUUUUCCAUUACAAGCUCCACUGGAUGUGUUCAUACUCGAGGAAACAUCAACUUUGAAACUGCAAGGCGUUUCUUGUUAACCAGUCCCCAAAGGAGAGAGUUUGGACUGAGGAAACUCAUAUGCGAAGCUGUUUCAGGUGUUGAGGCAUCAGUUUCAGAAUCAGGGGAUGAUUUAGUUAUUGUCAAGAACCAUCAGAUAGUUGUGGAAUCUCAAGAUAAUGAUAAGAUGCAAGCUAGAGUGGACUUGACUGGUGAGGAAACUGAAAGAGUGUUUGAUCAGGUUUUAGUCAAUCUGGCUCGAACAGCACCGCCAAUUCCAGGAUUUCGUAGAGAAAAGGGGGGGAAAACAUCAAAGGUACCCAAAAGCUUCCUAUUAGGGAUGCUUGGUGAAGAACGUGUGACUAAGUUUGUGAUACAAGAAAUAGUCAGUUCAACCAUGAUUCAAUACGCAAAGAAGGAAAAUCUGAAGGUGAAGGACAACAAAAUCAAUACAAUUCAGUCAGCCGAAGAACUCAAGGCAUCAUUUAAAGAAGGACGUGAAUUCGGAUUCAAUGUCAUUAUUGAGUUUGAAAAUUCAGAAGUUGAGGCACCCACAGUACAGCGGUUGUAAUGGACUCAGAUUAUAGAAGAAGACUUGCAGUGACCACUAUUGUUAUUCGAUGGAAGGUUCGGAAAAUGGGGGGUCAAAUUAGAGGAGAUCUCGGUCUUGGUUGAUGAUUUUCAGUUUCAUCUUCUGCCCCCUGUUCAACAACAGAGCAAAAUUGGUCAUCUUGACAUUAAGCUAAGACCAAUGACAUGUGAAAAUAUGAUUUAUAUUCACUCUUUACCUUUACUUUCCACAUUAGUUAGUUGUUGAUUCCAAAAGGAUCCUAACAUUAUCAUCUUGAGAUUCUUGAGUAAAGCAGCCAUCUAAAACUUCAGUGGCAACAUUAGGAAAAA